GUAAACUUUAAAGUCGAAAAAAUGUUUAAUCCGCUGAUUAUGACUACUAGUAACAUAUUGAUCUCAAGAGGGCGCUAAUAACUAACAAAGGCAUUAGAGUAUGGUACUAUGGGCGUGUCAAGGGUGUGAUUUCCUGAUUUCCGGUUUCUGCGUUGGCAGAGGAUUUUAAAAGUUGGGAUGCCAGCUGCACAGCGACGAGUCAGCAACAUCUCCUUACCUCCUCAAGGAACCGUUUCUGGUUCGGAACAGAAUGUGGAAAAAGAGGAAAUGUUUUUGUGCAACCGUCUAGUAGAUGAUACUAGAAAAGGAGAUGCAUUCCUGAAAGUUGACUGGAUAUCAUGGAACAAUCCUGUUGUAUCAGUUUUACAAGGAAUCAAAAGACCUGUGUGUGGGAUGGUUGCAUUAUGUAUGGCAGGACAUCUUCUGAAGAAACAUGACCCAAACAUUACAAUAUAUGAAAAUGAUGAAACUAUCCUAGAAGUUGCACAACGCCUUGGAUACACAAAGCAGGGAGAAAUGUUUUCAGCCAAAAAUUAUGCAAAUCUAGCUGAAGAAAUAUACCAGUGUCAAACAAAAGUUAUAACAGAAACAAUGAUUGAUUCUGUGCGUAAAAUAUUAAAGCAUUUGGCAUCUGGACUCCCAGUUUUAGUACCAUAUGAUACAGAUCGAAAUUAUGAGCCUUGUAAACGGAAGGGUCACAAAGCUCAUUGGGCUAUUUUGACAGGAUUCGUUAUUGGACAGCAGAAAAGGAUACAAGAAAGCAGUAAUGUAGAGUUUCCUGUGAAACGAAUCACCAAUCCAGAAGAAUUAGCAAACAACUUUGAGAAAUUGACAUUGAAUCCAUCUCUAGUAUAUUUAUAUGCAAAACAAGGAAGAUCGGCGAGGCAGCAACUAUGGUCAUUGAGAGAAUUAAGUGCCAGUAACGCAAACUUAGUUGAAGUAAGUCCCGAGAGAGAUCUAAAUUUAUUCCAUAUACCCCAAGAGGGAAUUAAAGAAACUCUUUGCUCCCAUAUUGUGUUUCUUUUCCCAAGGAAAUGAUUGUAUUAUACGACUCCACCAUCAUAUGUCAUGAGCAUGUCUAUUUCUGUCAUUCGAUUAAAUUAAUUUCAAAUCAUAUACACAAGCGCUUUCCAGUGGCAAUACCCAAAUCAUGUUGAAUGUAUGCAUAAUCAUUACAAUCGCUGCUAAGAUAUAUUUUGUAGAGCACUGAUCGAUUGAGCCAUGCAAUUGGGCUGCAGGGGUGUUCCAAUGUUUGUGAAUAGCUAUCUCAAUAAUUUGAUCUGGUUUGAAUGCAUUUUAUAUAACAACAUUUGUUGAGAUCCAGUUCAUACAAAGCUUUGCUAGUUAGAAAACACUAUUACUGACCUCUUUCUUAAAAACCAUUAUUUGCCCUAAUUUCACACUUACAUGUAGGUUGCAUUAUUAUGUUAAAUGAUUUAUAUCGGUAUUAUCCCAUGUUCAAAAUAAAAUGUGCAAAAUAUUAAUUUUAAAUAAGUGUCAAAUCAUGCAUCCAUAUCAAAGUUAUCCAUUUUAUGUUUUCAUUAUGUGUAAUAGAUAUUCUGUUUUAAAUUCUCUUGUCUCUUUUGAUUGUCUAUGCACCAUGUCAUUCAUUGCUAUAGUGUCGUUGUCACUAUUUUAAUAAAUCUCAAGAGGGUUAGUUGUAUGUAA